UCUAUAUAUAGACCUUGAAUGUUGGGUUUUAGCCAUAAGGUUGUGAGGAAAUGAAAUAGUUGGUGAGAUAGAGAACCCAAUACCCUCAUCCAUGGCAACCAUUAACUCCUUCCUUUUCCUUCUUCUUUCUUCUGUUCUUCAUUUGCUUCUCUUUGGUUGUUCAGAGAAGGUGGAGGCCUAUAGAUUCGAAGAAAUGACGGCGAAUCUUCGACUCCAGAGUCAUGUUGUUUCUCUCAGCUCCUUCAUGCCGGCCGGAGUUUGUUCUACUCCAGCCCAAGGUACCAAAACCUCAAGUAGGCUACUGCAAGUAGCUCACAAACAUGGGCCUUGCUCACCACUGAAGGAAGGGAAAGCAAAAGUUCCUAGUUUUCACGAGAUCCUCAUUGACGACCAAGCCCGAGUCAAGUCCAUCCAUUCCAAAAUCUCCAAUAACGCAGACCCACCAGCAGUAGAUUCUUUAGCAAAAAUUCCGGCCACCUCCGGGCAAUCCUUAGGGACUGGAAACUUUGUUGUCACUAUUGGAAUUGGAACACCAAAGCAACCUUUCACAGUAAUCUUUGAUACAGGUAGUGAUCUCACUUGGAUCCAAUGCCAACCAUGCGCUGGCCAAUGCUAUUCUCAACAAGAUCCCAUCUUCAAACCUUCUGCAUCUUCCACCUAUUCCAACAUCUCAUGUAACUCUGCUUCCUGUAACCAACUCCAAUCAGCCACAGGAAACUCGAGACCAUGUGGUUCCACAUGCAUUUACCAGAUUCAAUAUGGUGAUGGAUCCUACUCUUUAGGGUAUUUUGCAGCUGAUACACUUGCACUAUCUUCCUCUGAUGUCUUCCCCAAAUUCAAAUUCGGGUGUGGUGAGAACAAUCAAGGCCUAUUUGGUUCUGCAGAUGGAUUACUAGGCCUCGGCCGUGAUCAAGUCUCUAUGGUAUCACAGACAGCUAAAAAGUAUAAAAAGCUUUUCUCCUAUUGUCUUCCACCCACAAGCAGCUCCACUGGUUUUCUUGCAUUCGGUAGCCAAGCAGGUGCCUCUUCUAGUGCUCGAUACACUCCACUAAUAAAAGAUUCCAACAACCCAUCGUUCUAUUUCAUAACCAUAACAGGAAUAAGUGUUGGAGGGAAGAAUUUAUCUAUCCCACAAUCAGUUUUUACAACUUCAGGCGCUGUGAUAGACUCUGGAACUGUCAUCACUCGGUUGCCACCAGCAGCCUAUUCAGCACUUAGGACAGCAUUUCGUCAAGGAAUGACCAAGUAUCCCACUGCGCCGGCGAUUUCAAUACUAGACACAUGCUAUAACUUGAAUGGAUACAGUAAGGUAACAACACCAACCAUAGUGUUGCAUUUUGGUGGAGGUACAGACUUGAAUGUUGAUCCAUCUGGGAUUCUUGUUCGAGCAACCUCAACUCAAUAUUGCUUGGCUUUUGCUGGAAACAGUGCUGCUACUGACGUUGCAAUCCUUGGAAAUAUGCAACAGCAGACAUUUGAGGUGAUUUAUAAUGUGGCAGGAGGAAAGCUGGGAUUUGGUGCUGGAGCUUGUAGCUAAUGAAUGAUCAAAACAAGAAAAACAGGAAAAUAAAUUGUAAUAAUCCAGUAUUCCCACUAAAUUAUAAAUAAAGAGGCAACUUCUUAAUGGUA